AUUACAAAUCACAAAAAAAUGAUGGAUACAACAACACCAAUAGCAGGGGGAGAGACGAGCAGAGCACGCAUAAUGAGGUUGUUCGCAUUGGGAUUUUGACAACAUGCCCGCCCAAAUGGCCCCAGACCCAACAUUUUUCUUUACCUUCAAUCAUAAGCAGCAAUACCCUUCUUUUCCCAUCGCCAUUCCAAUUCAACCUCCACAACCUUCUUGAAACUCUCUCUCUUUUUUCUCUCUUUAAGGAAGAUUUGAUCAAAAUGAGCACGAUGACAAUAGAGGGGACGAUGGAGAUUGGGGUAUUGGAUGAUAUCAUAAGGAGGCUAUUGGAAGGCAGGGGAGGGAAACAGGUGCAGCUCUCCGAGGCUGAGAUCCGCCAACUUUGCGUCAACGCUCGCCAAAUCUUCCUUUCUCAGCCUAUUCUCCUUCAUCUCCAUGCCCCUAUCAGUAUCUGCGGUGACAUACACGGGCAAUACCAAGACCUAUUGAGGAUGUUCGAGUACAGCGGGUACCCUCCUGAAGCAAACUAUCUGUUUCUGGGGGACUAUGUUGAUCGAGGCAAGCAGAGCCUGGAGACGAUAUGCUUGUUACUGGCGUACAAAGUGCGGUAUCCUGACAAAGUGUUCCUGCUCAGGGGGAACCACGAAGAAGCCAAAAUCAACAGGAUUUAUGGAUUUUAUGAUGAGUGUAAGAGGAGGUUCAAUGUGCGGCUUUGGAAGAUAUUCACUGAGUGCUUCAAUUGCUUACCUGUGGCUGCACUAAUUGAUGAAAAGAUCAUAUGCAUGCAUGGUGGCCUCUCCCCAGACCUAAACUGUUUGGACCAAAUCACGGAGAUUGAGCGACCCACAGACGUUCCAGACAGCGGUCUGCUCUGUGAUCUCCUCUGGUCCGACCCCAAUCCCAGAAUAAAUGGUUGGUCUGAGAGUGAUCGAGGCGUUUCCAGCACUUUUGGGACCGACGCUGUUGCAGAGUUCUUGGAGAAGACUGAUUUAGACCUCAUUUGCAGAGGCCAUCAGGUAGUGGAGGAUGGAUAUGAAUUCUUCGCGAAACGAAGACUUGUUACAAUAUUUUCAGCUCCAAAUUAUGGAGGCGAAUUUGACAAUGCAGGUGCCCUAUUAAGCGUCGAUGAACAACUAGUGUGUUCUUUCUCAAUACUAAAGCCAGCACCAUCAUCCAAUUCAAAGGUGCCUCUUAAGAAGCCACCAAAAAUAGGAGGAACCUGAUAAAGUAGGAACUGUAUAUGGAGAAGACUGUCACAGUAAAUAGGGACUACAACAAGCAUUAUUCUUCUUUCCUCUUUUAGUCGACAACCUCUCUGAGGAGAGAGCUGUACUACAUGAACCGUGAACAUUCAGACCAUUUUGGCCAUGGGAUUUCUACCAUUCUCAGAAUGUCAAAGAAAGUGAUGCUUAUAUGACAUAAACAUAAAGAUGUAUUCAAGAAUUUAAAAUGUUCAUGUUCGAGUUGUUACUACUGACACCCUUUGUUUCUUCACUGUAUUUGUAAUUAACAUCCACGUUUGAA